CCCGCGCACCCACCCCGGGUCGGCCGCGGCUGCGGGAGGCGGAGCGGAGCCAGCGGGUUGUGGCUGUACUAACACCAUUACUGGUUUGCCACUCUUAGAGUGUCCCCUUCUCGCAGUAUCUGUGCUUGCCCAUCAGACACUAUGAGGAGAUUGGCUUUUCGAGGUGCUGGUUCUACUCUGGUAAAUCUGAAGAAGUUGGAUUCCAUGGGUUCCAAGAGGCGAAGAGCUACCUCUCCUUCCAGCAGCAUCAGCGGUGGAGACUUCGAUGAUGCCCAUCACUCCACCAAUAUACCAGGCCCAAGCAGGAAGAGGAGGAGACUUUCCAAUCUCCCAACUGUAGAUCCUAUUGCUGUCUGCCAUGAGCUCUACAACACCAUCAGAGACUACAAAGAUGAGCAGGGCAGGCUCCUUUGUGAGCUCUUCAUCAGGGCACCCAAGAGAAGAAAUCAGCCAGAUUAUUAUGAAGUGGUUUCUCAGCCAAUUGAUUUAAUGAAAAUCCAGCAAAAGCUGAAGAUGGAGGAAUAUGAUGAUGUGAAUGUGCUGACUGCUGAUUUCCAGCUUCUCUUUAACAAUGCAAAGGCUUACUAUAAGCCAGAUUCUCCUGAAUAUAAAGCUGCCUGCAAACUGUGGGAGCUGUAUUUGCGCACAAAAAAUGAAUUUGUUCAGAAAGGUGAUCCUGAGGAGGAUGAUGAUGAUGACGAAGGACAUGACAAUCAAGCAAAUUCUGAAUUAUCAUCUCCAGGUUACCUGAAGGAAAUUCUGGAACAGCUUCUUGAAGCUGUAGCUGUUGCCACAAACCCCUCAGGACGCCUCAUAAGUGAACUGUUUCAGAAACUUCCUUCUAAAGUGCAAUAUCCAGAUUAUUAUGCAAUAAUAAAGGAACCCAUAGAUCUUAAAACUAUUGCCCAAAGGAUACAGAAUGGAACUUAUAAAAGCAUUCAUGCCAUGGCCAAGGACAUAGAUCUUCUGGCAAAGAAUGCCAAAACCUACAAUGAGCCUGGAUCCCAAGUAUUCAAGGAUGCAAAUGCGAUUAAAAAGAUAUUUAAUAUGAAAAAAGCUGAGAUUGAACACAGUGAGUUGGCCAAGUCAAGUCUCCGAAUCAGGACUGCAUCAAAUUUGGCUGCUUCCAAGCUGACAGGUCCUUCCUCACAGGGUAAAGGCAGUGUUGGGGAUGAGAGAAAUUCUUCUAACAAAUAUUAUCGUAACAAAAGAUCAGCCCAAGGGGAUCGUUUAUCAGCAAUAACCAUGGCAUUGCAAUAUGGAUCAGAAAGCGAUGAGGAUGCAGCUUUGGCUGCUGCUGCUCGUUACGAAGAGGGAGAGUCUGAAGCUGAGAGCAUUACCUCCUUUAUGGACACUUCUAAUCCUCUUUACCAGCUUUAUGACACUAUUAGAAGUUGCCGUAAUAACCAGGGCCAGCUCAUCUCUGAACCCUUUUUCCACUUGCCCUCCAAGAAAAAGUAUCCUGAUUAUUAUCAGCAGAUUAAAACUCCCAUUUCAUUGCAGCAGAUCAGAACCAAGCUGAAGAACCACGAGUAUGAAACUUUAGAUCAGUUGGAGGCUGAUCUGAAUUUGAUGUUUGAAAAUGCCAAGCGCUACAAUGUCCCCAAUUCUGCCAUCUAUAAAAGAGUGCUGAAAAUGCAGCAGGUUAUGCAAGCAAAGAAGAAGGAGCUUGCUAGGAGAGAUGACAUUGAGGAUGGGGACAGCAUGAUUUCUUCUGCUACAUCUGAUACUGGAAGCUCAAAAAGGAAAAGUAAAAAGAACAUACGAAAGCAGCGGAUGAAGAUCUUGUACAACGCGGUUCUGGAAGCUCGAGAGCCCGGCACAGGCAGGCGGCUCUGUGAUCUGUUCAUGGUUAAGCCAUCCAAAAAGGACUAUCCAGACUAUUAUAAAAUUAUCCUGGAGCCAAUGGACUUGAAGAUGAUAGAGCACAAUAUCCGCAAUGACAAGUACGCGGCGGAGGAGGCCAUGAUUGAGGACAUGAAGCUCAUGUUCCGGAACGCCAGGCAUUACAACGAGGAAGGCUCCCAGGUAUACAAUGAUGCCCAUAUGCUGGAAAAGAUCCUUAAAGAAAAAAGGAAAGAGCUGGGACCCUUGGCUGAAGAUGAUGAUGUUGCAUCCCCUAAACUAAAGCUAAGUAGGAAAAGUGGCAUUUCUCCCAAGAAGUCCAAGUACAUGACUCCAAUGCAGCAGAAGCUGAAUGAGGUGUAUGAGGCUGUGAAGAACUACACGGACAAGCGCGGGCGGCGGCUGAGCGCGAUCUUCCUGCGGCUGCCGUCCCGCUCCGAGCUCCCCGACUACUACGUCACCAUCAAAAAGCCUGUGGACAUGGAAAAGAUCAGGAGCCACAUGAUGGCAAAUAAAUAUCAGGACAUAGACUCCAUGGUGGAGGACUUUGUCAUGAUGUUCAAUAACGCUUGCACAUACAAUGAACCAGAGUCUUUGAUUUAUAAAGAUGCCCUGGUCCUCCACAAAGUUUUGCUUGAAACACGGAGAGAAAUAGAAGGAGAUGAGGAUUCUCAUGUGCCCAAUGUCACUUUGCUGAUUCAGGAACUCAUCCAUAACCUCUUUGUAUCUGUUAUGAGCCACCAGGAUGAUGAGGGAAGAUGCUACAGCGACUCCUUAGCUGAGAUUCCUGCUGUUGAUCCCAACUUCCCAAAUAAACCUCCUCUGACUUUUGAUAUUAUCCGAAAAAAUGUUGAAAAUAAUCGCUAUAGAAGAUUGGACUUGUUCCAGGAGAACAUGUUUGAGGUACUGGAGAGGGCACGGAGAAUGAACAGGACUGAUUCAGAGAUCUAUGAGGAUGCAGUAGAACUUCAGCAGUUCUUCAUUAAAAUUCGAGAUGAACUGUGUAAAAAUGGAGAGAUUCUGCUGUCACCUGCUCUCAGCUACACCACCAAGCAUCUUCACAACGAUGUAGAAAAGGAAAAGAAGGAAAAGCUGCCCAAAGAAAUAGAGGAGGAUAAGCUCAAAAGGGAGGAGGAGAAGAGAGAAGCUGAAAAGAGUGAAGAUUCCUCUGGAUCAGCUGGGCUGUCAAAUUUGCAUCGGACCUACAGCCAGGACUGCAGCUUCAAGAACAGCAUGUACCAUGUGGGGGAUUAUGUGUAUGUGGAGCCUGCAGAGGCCAACUUGCAGCCUCACAUCGUCUGCAUUGAGAGGCUGUGGGAAGAUUCAGCUGGAGAGAAAUGGCUCUAUGGCUGCUGGUUUUAUCGACCAAAUGAAACUUUUCACCUUGCAACACGAAAAUUCCUGGAGAAAGAAGUUUUUAAAAGUGAUUAUUACAAUAAAGUUCCUGUUAGUAAAAUUUUAGGCAAAUGUGUGGUCAUGUUUGUCAAGGAAUAUUUUAAAUUGUGCCCUGAAAACUUCAGAGAUGAGGACGUUUAUGUGUGCGAGUCGCGCUAUUCUGCGAAGACAAAGUCUUUUAAAAAGAUUAAACUGUGGACUAUGCCUGUGAGCUCUGUCAGAUUUGUCCCACGAGAUGUGCCCCUGCCUGUGGUCAGAGUUGCUUCUGUGUUUGCCAAUACAGACAAAGCAGAUGAGGAGAAACACAGUGAAACACUGGAGGACAGUAAGGUGGGAGAAAGUAUCCUUCAUCUUGAAAAGGACAAAGAAGAUGUUCCAGUAGAAAUGUCCAAUGGGGAACCUGGUUGCCAUUACUUUGAACAGCUCUGCUACAAUGACAUGUGGCUGAAGGUUGGAGACUGUGUCUUCAUAAAAUCACACGGCCUGGUGCGGCCUCGAGUAGGAAGAAUUGAGAAGAUGUGGGUGCGAGAUGGAGCCGCAUAUUUCUUUGGUCCAAUCUUUAUACAUCCUGAAGAAACUGAGCAUGAGCCAACUAAAAUGUUCUACAAGAAGGAGGUGUUUUUGAGUAACUUGGAGGAGACCUGUCCCAUGACUUGCAUUUUGGGAAAGUGUGUCGUUCUGUCAUUCAAAGACUUCCUCUCCUGCAGACCAACAGAAAUCUCCGAAAACGAUGUUUUUCUUUGCGAGAGCCGCUACAACGAAAGUGACAAACAAAUGAAGAAAUUCAAGGGGUUGAAGAGGUUUUCACUGUCUGCAAAAGUUGUAGAUGAUGAAAUAUACUAUUUUAGAAAACCCAUAGUUCCUCAAAAAGAGCCAUCUCCUCUACUGGAAAAGAAGAUUCAGCAGCUGGAAGCAAAAUUUGCUGAGUUGGAAGGAGGUGAUGAGGACAUGGAAGAGAUGGGAGAAGAGGAAGGUGAUAUGACUGAAGCACCUUCUAUGCCUCAGCUUCAGGCCCCCUUAGCCAGUGAUUUGGAUAUAAUGCCUUAUACUCCACCACAGUCCACUCCCAAGUCUGUUAAGGGCAGCACCAAGAAGGAGGGAUCAAAAAGGAAGAUCAACAUGAGUGGGUACAUCUUGUUUAGCAGCGAGAUGAGAGCUGUGAUUAAAGCUCAGCACCCAGACUACUCCUUUGGAGAGCUCAGCAGACUUGUAGGAACUGAAUGGAGAAACUUGGAAGCAACAAAGAAAGCAGAAUAUGAAGGCAUGAUAAGUGGCUAUCCACCGGUGCUGCCACCUUUGCAGGGCCCAGUUGAUGGCAUUGUUAGCAUGGGCAGCAUGCAGCCACUUCACCCAGGGGUGCCCCCACCCCACCAACUCCCGCCAGGUAUGCCAGGCAUCCCAGGCAUCCCACCACCCGGUGUUAUAGGCCAAAAUGUGUCCCCUAUGGUAGGCACUCCAGCACCAGGAGCAAGUCCUUUUGGACAGCAGAUGGGGAUCCUGGGCCCGCCGGGCCAGCAGGCGCCCCCGCCGUACCCAGGGCAGAGCCCUGCCAGCCAGCCCGUCAUGCAGCAGCCCAGCACCCCCAUGUUCGUCUCCCCUCCACCAAAGACACAGAGGCUCCUCCAUUCUGAAGCCUACCUGAAAUACAUCGAGGGGCUCAGUGCUGAGUCAAACAGUAUCAGCAAGUGGGACCAGACCCUUGCAGCACGGAGACGAGAUGUGCACUUGUCCAAGGAGCAGGAGAGCCGCCUGCCCUCGCACUGGUUGAAGAGCAAAGGGGCUCACACCACCAUGGCCGACGCGCUGUGGCGCCUGCGGGACCUGAUGCUGCGUGACACCCUGAACAUCCGCCAGGCCUACAACCUGGAGAACGUGUAGGCACAGCAGCACUCCUGCUCCAGGAGUUCAUGGGACAAUAGCUGGUUUAGUUACUGGGUGGGAAGAGAUAACCAACAAUAAUUUGUAUUGCAUUUUACUGUACAUUGCAAGACCAUUUUUAUAUAAGGACACUUUUAAUAAGCAUAUUUCACUUUUUGUUAUAUUAAGUUGACUUUAUCAAAUACACAGAUUUUUUGCAUAUGUUUCCUUUGUUUGAAAGGCAAUUUCAUAAUUGGUUGAGUGUAGUCAAGGAUUCACCUUUCUUAUACUUUAUUGCUGAGAAUCUGAUGCCAUUGUUUUUAUAUAAAAAAAAAAGGAAAACAAAGUAUUUACAGAUUGAUACAGUGGAAUGUGAAUUAGUCAUAGUUUACAUCCUAUAAGAAUGUGUGUACCUGUGCUUGUGUGUGCUGGCCACUUUGGGCAGAACUGCUCGGGUGUGAACAGGGAGGAUCUCUUAAAAGAAGCUAAAGGUAAGAUAAGCUUUGGCAUUAAGGAAAACUGGCAUUCCAAGUCAACACUGAGGUGGCUGGGUGGGCUCCAGCAGCGCUGGAAGUGCUGGUUGGACGGGACAAGGAUGUCUUGACUGCUCAUGUUGUCCAGUCCUGUCCAGUUAUUUAACUGUGUAGCCAAGGCCAUUGUGAUCCUAAAUCAGUACCACAGUCCCUGUACUGGCAGGCCCUUAGAGGGGAAGUGUUUCAUCUGCCAUGGCCUGUGCUGGGGGUUCUGCGAUGUCCCCAGCAGUGGGACAGGGAAGCUCCUUCCCUGAGAGAUUCUGUCUGUGCUGGAAGAGGCUCACAGAACUUGGAACCAGCCCAGGUUUUGGAAGGUAAGUUAGGGGAGAAAAGUGGAGUUGUUCUGUUAGUGAAGUAAUGUGAUGUUUUUUUAAAUUCACACAUACUCUGUUCAUGAUUGGGCAUUGUAAGACAUUUUUGUAUGCUUUCUUUAAGUGUAUUCAUUAACCUUAGUGAAAGUUCUGCAAUGCAAAUUUGAGUGAAAUUUGAUGCUUAAAUUAACUUGAAAGUAAAAUACUACUGUAUGGGAUGGUAUGUGUAAGGUCAGCAUACCCAGUACAUUGGAGAAAUAGAAUACUUGCAUUGCAAAGCCCUUCAAAGGGUUUGGGUUGGUUUUUUUUCUUUUCUUUUUUUUUUUUUUGUUGUUUUUUUUUGCUUUUUAUCUAAGUAAAGUAGGUAUUGACUCUUCUUGCCAAAUUUCAAGGUUACGGCUGCCUUCUGCUAAAGAUUUACCUGUCCUCAUAACUAACCAACCUUUUGGACUACAAAGUUAUUUGUUUAAAGGUAAAUCCUUUCAUUUAUUUAAUAUUGGAAAAAAGAAUUAAUACUUUGGAUUGCUUUUAGUAACUGGGAAAGCUCUAUGAAUUUGGGAAAAGUCAGCAGGAAUGUGGGCACUGCAACUCAGCCCAAAUUAACUGAUUUACUGAUACACUUCAUUUAUGCUAGAGAUGUUCAUCAUGUGGAAAUGAGUUCUAAAGUCUGUUAGUACAGAACAUUUUCAUUUCAGUAUAUUUGGCAGAAGGUUAAAUUAAAUAUUUUCCUUCAAAUACUGGAUAUCUUGGGGUUUGUUUUGCUGAUGUAAUUAAUACUCAUAAGGGAAGUGACACUUGCAAGUAUAAACUGUGAUUUAAUUUUACUGGCCAAUUCCUCUCCCUCUCUUAUUGAAAUCCUCCAGUCAGUCAUUGUACAAAAUACCCCUGGUAAUUACAAAUAGGCACUUAAAGACAGUUUAGGUCAGAUGUGAAGUGGAUAUGAAGGAAAUGUAAAAAAACAACACAGAGGGAAAUGACAGUUUUGAGCUCUACAAGUAGCACACCCGUGGUACAGAAAUUCUUUACUGGCCUUUGUAAAUUACCAAUUUUAUUUAAUAAAGUAGAAAUUGAAUAGUCUUAGACCACCCCUAUAAAAUGUGUUUAAGUUACCAUAGGUUUUGCAGUUUUUAGCCACAAAGAUGGGAUGUUGAAGUGAAUCAGGCAGCAAAAUCCUAGUUUUUGAGCAUUUGGAACUAUCAUGGAUUGUACUAAUACACCACCAGAUUCUCCUACUUCUCAGCAUUAACAAAAAUUACACCAAAGAACCUGGGAUGAAUUUUAAUUAAAUUAUUGUUUUAUUUAUUUUCUUUUGAGGACUGGAUGGGACUCCCUUUGGAGCCUGUAUAACUCAGAUGUUUAAUUUAUCUGAAGGUCAGUGAUGAGCAGAUGUGCAGCACUGGCUCUCUCCUGCUGAGCAGCCGAAUCCCUCCUUUCACUGCUCUUUCUGGCCCAGGAGCAAGAGAUUGGAAGUGCAAACGAAACCUGGCUCCUCCUUCAUCAAGGCAGUGCAGAGCACUACCACUAAGCCACUGGGCUGGCCCUGAUCAAUUAUUUUAAGCCUUAUUUAUUUCAAAAUCGUUUCUCUCUAAACUGGAGGCAUUUCAGUUGAUUGCAGUGAAAUUUAGGAUAUAAUGGCUACAGUCUAGAAUUCAAAACCAGCAAAAGAAACUUUUCUCACUCUGGUUUAAAAAAAAAAAAAAGACAUGUCUAUCUGUCUUUUUCUCUCUCUGUGGGUGUUUGAGCCCCUCAUCUGUUUUUCACUGCCGUUCAUUGUACUAGCGUAAACAAAACUUUCAUAUUAAAAUAAAAGGAUGUGUGGGCAAUGGUUGGCUUCUGUGAGAGUGGAAAAUAGAUAAAACUAGGACAGGUAUUUUCAUAAACCAGUUGGAGACAACUAAUAAUUAUUUGUUCUCUUCCUCAGUCCUUCCCUUCCAUGAGAAAAUUUACUGUUUGUGUAAAAAUUCAAAACGUUGAUGUUGGUGACUUUUUUUCAGCAUAUGUUUUUGUACCUGGUUUAUCCAUGCUUGGCUUUUCAUUAGAUCUUGUACUCCUGAAGGCUGAGCUGCUAACCAGGUUUAUAACAUGUAUGUACCAUCACUUUGUUUACCUGUGUCUUUUUAAUUUGAAUAAAAAUAGUUUGCAAAGUGUUUUGGAUUUAA